AUGGCGGCCACUGGUGUCCUGCUGCCGUGCGGUCUGCGGCCGUGCGUCCUCCGCCCUCGGCUGGGCCUUGCUGCCCCUUGGUCGUUUUGCAGCCGCCUUUUCAUCCGCCGUUUCCAGGUCAGCGCUGUCAAGAAGGCGAAAGUGGCGGGGGAUGAGGCAGGCCCCGCCGUGCAGCUGAGCUCGGAGCAGCAGGAGCGGAUCCGCAGGAACAAGGAGGCGGCGAGACAGCGUCUGGCCGAACGGAACGUGCCGCCGGGCUUUGGGGAGAGCUGGCGGAGGCAGCUUGCCGGGGAGUUCUCCAAGCCCUACUUCGUAGAGCUGAUGAAGUUUGUGGCAGAGGAGAGGAUGCGCCACACGGUUUAUCCGCCCCCCGAGCAGGUCUUCACCUGGACGCAGAUGUGUGACAUCAGAGAUGUAAAGGUUGUCAUUUUGGGACAAGAUCCAUAUCAUGGACCUAAUCAAGCUCAUGGGCUCUGUUUCAGUGUUCAGAAGCCUGUUCCACCUCCUCCCAGUUUAGAAAACAUCUACAAAGAGCUGUCCACAGAUAUCGAGGGCUUCACCCACCCUGGUCAUGGUGAUCUGACUGGCUGGGCCAAGCAAGGAGUGCUGCUGCUCAACGCCGUCCUCACGGUGCGAGCUCACCAGGCCACCUCCCACAAGGAGAGAGGCUGGGAGCAGUUCACUGACGUGGUGGUGUCCUGGCUCAACAAGAACUUGCACGGCGUGGUCUUCAUGCUGUGGGGAGCCUAUGCCCAGAAGAAAGGCAGCUCCAUAGACCGGAAACGCCACCACGUCCUGCAGACGGUCCAUCCCUCACCCCUCUCUGUCAACAGAGGCUUCUUUGGCUGUAGGCACUUCUCAAAGACAAAUGAGCUGCUGAAGAAGGCUGGGAAGAAGCCCAUUGACUGGAGAGCCCUCUGAACUUCCCCUGCAGGACCUGCUUGGUGGGGGCUCAUGGUUGAAACCAGCCCCUGGUUUUGGGGGGGUUGUCUCGGUUCUGAACAAGUUUUGCUGACCUGAGGGUUGCUCCUGGGAUGUGGAUCAAGGAAGAAGCCACCAGACUUUCAGAGAUCUUCUCUUUUAUUAACUGUU